CUGGCGAAGGGAGCUAGAAAGGCUGCCGAUGGGGCUCUGCGCGAGCUCGAGUCUGGCGCCUGCGGAGGCCAUGGCACCGGUCGCGCCACCGACGCCACAAGCUGCGACGUCCGAUGCGCCACCUGCCUCAGCGGACGACCCAAGCGACCCACCGCCAGUGGAGUCGUCGAGCGCCCCACCCCGGGCCAACUCUGUCUCGGCCACCGCCCUCGGUCCACCCGUUGUGGCCGACACGAGCCCCGAAGCGCCGCACCGAUCGCUGAUACCCGACCUCCCGGCCACCUUUCGGCGGUUCUCGCAGCGUCGAAAGUCGUCGUUGACUCAAACCAGGCUCAACUCGUCGUCGUCGACGCGCAGGGUGAGCGCCAACGGUGUGCUCAAGGCCAUUCUCGCGAGGAGUUUCCGAGACCUCACUGUGCUGGACACGGACGUGACAACCGAGAGCUUGCUCACCAGCGUGCGCAUUGCCCGCGCCUUCUUUGACUUUAUCCACUUCAAGGGCGAAGAAGGUCCCCGCGAGUACCACAUGAUUGAGCUUGGCGUUAAAUUCUGGAUGGCCGUGCGAGAUCUGGAAAAAAUCGCGCCUGGACCGUUUAAAGUGCUCACGGUCAUCGGGAUUUACAAGACGUUUCUUCAACCCAACGCCAAGCAAGAGCUUGUGGUGCUGAGUCUGGUCGAGCGACAGCAAAUCCAAACCAAGCUGGACGACGACCAGAUCCCAGAAACCAUCGAGCUCCUCAAUCAAAUGGCCGACGACGAGGUGCGCUCGUCGGUGCAGCCCGUCUUUGGCGCGUUCGUCGCCGACAAGUCGCCGCACGGGUACACCGAGAGCUGCCUCGCGAAGAGCAUGCUCCCCAACAUGCAACCCUUCAUGAACGAGAAGAAGGAGCGGCUCGAGGAAAUUCUCGACCAGUCGCACUCGCGUCGGAGCCUGCGCGACUACUUUGGCCGCGUCGGCGAGUCGCCCGAAUUUCUCUUCAUCGUCGAUGUGCUCGAGUACCGCGACAGCACCGAAGCGCUCAUCACAGAAUCGCUCAGUGAAGAGAAAAAGACGUUGCACAGCGGCUUUCUCAUGCACACAGUGCACAAGAUGUACAACAAGUACCUCAAGGCCGGGUCCAAGUCGAUGAUUCGCAUUUCGAGCACAAACCGUGACAUGAUUUUGGCCGAAAUAUCGUGCAUGGACCCACCCAAGCUCGAUGUGUUUGACGCGGCGCUGCGCGAGUGUUCGUUCUUGCUCAUCACGGAGCACCUCGAAGCGUUCUUGUCGUCGCCCGAGUACGCAGGCAUGAAGUCGCACCGCGCAAGCCUCCUCGCCGGCGGGUUGCUUCAUUUUGGUCAUGCGCUCACGGCCCAUGCGACGCUUGCAGCAUCGUCGAGCGCGACGCACAUCGCCGGGGCGGAUCGGCUGCGCGUCGAGGACGUUGUUAAAGGUGCAGGGGCCCCGGCCUUUCGCAUGCACCUCCGAGAGUACAAGAUGGAGCACACGCUGGACUUUUACCUCGAGAUUGACCAGUUCCAGCUGCUGCCGCACAACAAGCGCGACUACAUUGCGGCCAAAGCAUCCAAGAUCUUCAACAAGUACAUUCGCCGGGGGGCCAAAAUGGAGGUUGCGCUCCCGGGGCACAUUCGCCAAGCGAUUUUGACCUCGAUUGCGGACCCUGCGGAAGACAUCUUCAACGACGCGCACCUGCACGUCUUGUAUCUCUGGGAUUCAACGCUCUGGAAAGCCUUUGAAAAGUCGCCCAAGUACAUGGAGCUCGUCCAAUUGUACAAGGAAGAGCGCGAGGCGGCGGCGACAACGCUGAUGACGGGCGGGAACGGCGACGUCAAGGCGCUGCAGAUGCUCACGUCCACGGACGUGAAAGCGAUUCUGCUCCAAGACGGCCCGCUCCUCACGCAGUUUCACAAGUUCCUCGUCAAGGAAAACUGCACCUCGUACCUCCUCUUCUACAUGCAAGUCGAAGAGUACAAGCGGCUUCCAAAGUCCGACUUUCUCGCGCGCCAGAGCAAGAAGAUCUACCACCGGUUCUUAAACUCGACCGCCAAAGAGUUUGUGAGCGUCUCGGACGAGACAAUGGCAAGCAUCCACGAGAUGCUUCCGAACCCGUCGCCACAGACCUUUCACCUCGCGCAAGAAGAGGUUCUGCACUUUCUCUGGAAGACGCUCUACCCAAAGUUUCAAAAAUCGAUUUUUUUCGCCACCGCCAUGGCCAAGCCCGCGUCGCCGAUCCUGGGGCGGCGCACGCUUAAGGACGGCGACGCCCCGCCCAUGUCAGGCCGCUCGCGCCGGUUCCUCCCGACGGCGGUGCAGCGGACGUUUGCCUCCCGCGUUUCGACGAGCCGGACGCUCACGGCGCCGACGAUCGAGGACAUUUUGGCCAAUCCGCAGAGCCGCGCGCUGUUUCUGGCGUUUUGCGAAGACAUCUUCUGUGCCGAGAGCAUGUACUUUUGGCUCGAAUGCCUCGAGUUUCAGCGCAUUCCGCACACCGACUACCUUCGCUUGCGCGCGCAAAAGAUUUUCCGCAAGUACAUUGCGACCUCGGCCAAGCUCCAAGUCAAUCUCAUUCACUCGAUCGUGCGCGACAUUGAAAAGCAAAUGGAGAACCCGGGCCGCCAGCUCUUCGCCAAGGCCCAGCAAGCCAUCGUGUUUAUGCUCAACAAGGACACGCUGCCCAAAUUUCUCAAGUCCAAAUACUACGACCCGUGCUGCAAGAUCAUUGCAGACGCACAAAGCUAGAGCGUGUGCCCGUCACGAGACGCGCAGCCGUCGACUCGGCGCCAGACGUGCGUAGAGUUAGCUAGGCCAACGAGACAUAUUUAACCCGAUGGAGACCAGAAAUUGGUGGAUCACACACCGUGC